AUGUCUUCAGAUUCAGAUGAGAAAAACAUUGUCUCUUUGAAAGAGCAACCGUCUGAGCGCCCAGUGCUUCCACCAGAAGUUGAAGAAAUAGCUCGCAUUUCUUCUAAACUUGAAAAUCCUUUGGCUGGACUUACAACUCAAGAAUUGAUCGAUGAAGCUGAAGAGUUCUGUCUCAAAUAUUCUUUACUUGAUCAUGUCCAUACUUUUCGUCGAGGUGCAAUUUUAGCGGCCGGCCCUUCACACCUCGAUAGGUUACCGGAGAUCACAGAUGACGAAAAACAAUGGAUUUCGUUUGAGACUACUCGAAAAUGGAAGCAACCCAUGACAAUGUUUUAUAUUGCUGUCAUAUCUUCCAUGGCUGCAAUAGUCCAGGGCAUGGAUGAGGCUGUGGUGAAUGGUGCCCAAAUCUUCUACUAUGAACGUUUUGGAAUACCGAGCAACGGCACAAACCAAAGAGCCGUAAUUCAAGGGCUUGUUAACAGUGCUCCCUACUUGUGCUGUACCUUUUCUUGCUGGUUGACAGAUCCAUUGAAUCGUCGACUGGGUCGGCGUGGAGUCAUUUUUCUUUGUUGUGUAGUGACUGUUCUCGCCUCCUUCUGGCAAGCAUUCACCUAUUCAUGGCCUCAACUAUUCGCUGCUCGGUUAUUCCUUGGCUUCGGCAUUGGACCUAUGUCUGCCACAGCUCCAAUCUACACUGCUGAAUGUGCGCCAGCUUCUAUACGGGGUGCCCUCGUGAUGCAGUGGCAAGUUUGGACGGCCUUCGGAAUUGCUUUGGGAGAUAUUGUCUCUGUCAUAUUUGUUGAUACGUCCCCAGAUCUAGCUUGGCGCUUGAUGCUUGGCUCAACUGCUGUCGCUCCAAUCCUCGUUUGCUUGAUGAUAUUUCCUGCUCCAGAAUCUCCGAGAUGGUACAUGUCCCGUGGUCGAAUCGCAGAUGCUUAUAAAUCGAUGUGUCGCCUACGAUUUUGUGAUCUCCAGGCCAGCCGAGAUAUUUUCUACAUGGCAAAACUACUCUCAGUCGAGCAGGAAACUACGGCUGGCCGCAACCUUUUCACAGACCUCUGGCGUGUACCCCGGGUUCGACGAGCAGCCCAAUCAUCAGCGCUGGUGAUGUUCAUGCAACAAUUCUGUGGAGUAAACGUCAUUGCAUAUUACAGUUCCCAAAUUUUCAUCGAUGCUGGUUUCGGCCGGAAAGCUGCUCUACUCACCACCAUGGGAACUGGUCUGGUCAACUGGGUGUUUGCCAUCCCCGCUAUGUACACUAUCGACACAUUUGGCAGACGUAAUCUCUUACUAGUCACCUUACCAUGCAUGGCCGUAUGUUUGCUCGUCACUGGAAUGGCGUUUUACAUACCUCAAGGAGACGAAAAUGAUACUCGAAGAAUUGCUGUUGUUGCUAGUGCCAUAUAUCUGUUCAUGGCAUUUUACAGUCCUGGCGAGGGUCCGGUUCCAUUCACAUACAGUGCGGAGGCUUUUCCUCUUUACAUUCGUGACUUCGGGAUGUCUUUUGCUACGGCAGUAUGCUGGUUUUUCAACUUUAUUUUGGCAAUUACCUUCCCCUUGUUAUUGACCGCGUUUAAAGCCCAGGGAGCUUUCAGCUGGUAUGCUGCAUGGUGCAUCGUUGGAACUGUGCUUGUUUUCUUUUUCUUGCCUGAAACCAAAGCUCUGACUCUAGAAGAGCUGGAUGCAGUGUUCUCGGUAUCUACUUCCAAGCAUGCAUCCUACCAAGCCAAGAACCUCAUCUACCAUGUGAGAAAACUUAUUUUGAGACAACACGUGGAGCCAUUACCUUCGAUCUUCGAGACGAAUAAACUCUUCUCUGCCUCCUAG